AGUCCAUAGAUGAGGAGUUAGAAUCGCAGACACAACGAUUAACCAUAUAAAUUUGAGACUCUGAUAUCAUAUAUAUAUAUUUCUUUAUAUUUGUGUUUAGGAAAUUAAUAAAUUAUGGAGUUUGGAUGGGCUGCUCUUGGAGCAGGAAUUGGAGUUCUGUUUGAUGUGGUUAAAGAAACAGCUGCAAAGAAUAAUAUGUUCAAGGAUGCACUGGAGAGCCUCAUGAGAAAGCUAGAAACUCUGAAACCCCUGAUCGAAGAGGUGAAAAAGUUAAACGAACAACUGCCUGACGAACACGGAGAUGAAUGUGGAUAUUACGAGUCAUAUUUAAAGGAAGGGGCAGAGCACGUUCGCAAGUGCGAAACAGUUGGUCGGUGCAAUAUUGUGAAGAAGUCUCACUACGCCCACAAACUGCAGGAAUUGGAUCGGACCAUUCAGUUGUUGAUAUUAAUUGGUUAUGUUGUUAGGAAUUCCAAGAAGAUAUUGAUUUUCACAGGCAUAACAUUGACAGUGAUUCAGGAACAGCAAGGCAUCAGCAUUGGGCAACCUCAUCAUCCUCAUCAGGACAUUCCUUCUUCCCCUUAUAAUGCUCUGCCUCCUUCUCCACUUCCGCCUACAAGUCAGAAUCAUGAUGUGGGCCAGGGAUGGAUUGCUCGUAUUAGGGAAGGAGUUGGAUCAUUAUUAAACGAGGUUAAAGAAUCCAACGACGAGACGUCUUUGUGGUGGAAAACCCCCCUCAACAAGCUAAAAGCCACGUUACAAAUUUUGCAGCUACUGGUCAAAGACAAAGAAAUACUGGAUCUGCUAGAAUAUAAAGCAGCAUAUUACAAGUUCACAAUAGAUAAAGGGGUAGAGGUAGUUCAAAAGUGCUCCCAGGUUCAUGGGCUUAAGUACCUGUGCAUGAAGCCUUUCUACGCCGUUAUGUUGCUUCGAUUGAACAAAGUUCUAGAAGAAUUGGUUCAGGAACUGCUGGAUCCUGCAAUAAAGAAUACGGAAAAGAAAUUGAAUUCCGUACGGGAAGAGUACAACAAAAUCAGAGCACGACAAAAUCAUGGGAGAUAUCGGAGGCAAUGCCAGAGUACAUAUCAGAUUCCCAUAGGUCCUGAUCUACUUCGACGAUGAGGGAAGACCAUCCUGGCAAAAUACAAGCUGAGGAUGCUAAAAUUGAUGCAAAUGGUUAGAAUGUUUGGAGACGUGGUGGAGCUCAUGGCCAUGGGCUUAAUGACUGUGAACAAUAAUUUUAGACUUCUGUUGGCAAUAUUUUGAAAAUGUUAUUUCCAUUUUUAAUCCUUUUUUAUCGUUUAAUUGAUGUUUUGGUGUUUAUGAAUACACGAUUCAAUAUUGAGAUGUAAUUUCUACACAAGAGACCUAAUUUUAUGUGGCAGAAUAUAUAAGUGUUUCUAAUAUAUUACCAAAUAUACAUCUAGUAAAUC